GAGAUAUUAUCGUCAGAGUAGACUACGGAAGCUAACCUUGAGGUUACCCACCACCUCGCAGAUCCACAGCCUAUCCCGUACACCCAAUACGCCCAGGGCCACAUCCUCACCGCCCUCGAAAUUUGUGGUUGCCCUGGGGUGUCAUCGUAAGCCAAGAAUAACACCGAUAACCAGGUGCCACCGGCGCGCGUUUCACGCUAAUGUUGUUCGCUCAACCCUCUGCCCACGAUCUUCCAAGGGCAAUGGUACGUACUUACCGGGUGCUUGGUAGUUGUGACGUUUCUACGUCGCGUAAACGUCUUGCGGUCAUUUCGUAGCAGACACACCAGCUAAAAUAUUGUACGAUCUUUGGUAUCCUGUGGAGAGCGGCAGGGAAUCCUGUGCAAGGGCAGUAUGACAGGCUUGGUCCGGCAUGCUACAGUACAGCAGACAUGGUAUAUUCUACGCUCCACCAAUGCUCCCCGAUAUUCUGCCGUGCGGUACACCGAUGCAAGGUCCCCGCUCGAGGAUAUUGCGAUGGCUUUGGGAAAUUGUGUGCUUCCCUUCCCAGCGGUAAUUGCCAAGCGUCGGAGAUGCCUUCAAGGACGUCAUUGUCAUAUGCCCGCUCAUCUCGCGGAUCUCAUCCUUGGAACAGCCCCACGUACCUCGCGAAGCGUAGCAGUGCGCUCGGUGAGCCAAGCGGUAUAGCUUGCCUCGCAC